GCGAAGCUUCACAGUAGAGAUGAUCUGUGGACAGAAAGCUUGCAGCGCUCAGUAUAGCUGUGAAAGAUGAAAAUACAGCACAAAUAUAUUUAUGAAGUAUUACUGGUAUGAUUGUAUGACCUCACAGGUUCAUAUGAACGCUUAAUGCAAUGUUUAUUUGGUGAAACUCCAGUAUUUUGAGCAUGAGAAUGCCAGAGUUUCUCAUCAUGGACAAGAAACCAGGAUUCUGUCUUGGCUCAUCUGGUAAACUGAUGGAUCAGUAUCUGAUUAAAGACCACAUGCUGUCACAUUACAGAAAGCUGUAUUCAGCAAAAGCUGCUGUGGAUUGUUCAGUGCCUAAAAGCAUGCACGCUAGUGUCAAAUAUGUUGAUCAAAAGCGUCGUGAGCAGCAGAGGAAAAACAGCCAAUCAGGAAGAUCUGAUUCUCAGACAAGCACAAGAAUAAACUCGAGAAGCUCCUGUUCCUCUAAGAAUAGCCGACCGUCUGCUCAGGGUGACUAUCAUUACCUGAAUCACUCUCUGAUGUCCUCAUCGCCCAGAAUCAGCACAUCAUUCCACUCCAAACAAAUCGUUUAUCCGUCCCAAACCGUCUGUAGAUCCGCAACCCCUGCCAACAAUUUCAGAUCUGCUUCAGAGUUGAGUUUCCGCAGCCCAAAUCCUCAAUGGCAGCACUCCACCUCGAGUCAGAGAGCGUACAGCAGUUUUCAGGAUCCUGUUCAGAAGACCUACAGCGGAGACGUCCUGCAGAAACACGCUCACCGCUUCACUCCAGAGAAACCCUUCACACCCAGAACACUCAGAUCUGAGCAGCAGUCCACGCUCUUGCAGUAUCGAUAUUACACUCCGCCACGCAGUAAAGCCAACGAGGAGGAGAAAAGAUCCUCAAGGAUGAUUCGACAGGAGACUUAUCACGGGAGCACACGCUCCAAACAAGCCUCUUCUUCACAGAUCGAGUCGCCACAGCCAUUUGUUCUCGAUCAUGAGUGGUCGGAUGUAGAAACAGACACGUUCAGACUCCACAGCAAGGCAAACAGAUUUAGGGAUGGGGAUUUUCUUCUCUCGUCCUCCAGGAUUUCACCAGAAGGCAUGAGAUCUCCUAUAUUGAGAAAAGUUUCAGCAGAGGAGGAAGAAUUAUUGUACCUGGAGUUUAUUACAGACGUGACGAAUGAGAUCUUAACUCAGGGCCUUUACUCGGACAGGGUGCUGAAGAGAGUAUUCGAACGCCACAUUGAUAUGAACAGGCAUCGAUUAGAUGAGAACAAAAUGCGGCACCUUCUAGACAAUCUUCAGGAUGACCUGCAAUCUCCCGUUUCGGUCCCCGUCACGUCUCUGAGCGCAGAAAAAUCUCACAAACCUUCACAGCUGAGGAACAAAGCAUCAGAUGACGUGGAUGAUCUUCUUCAUAGAGUGUUUGAUGAGGAGCACAGACAGAUUGAAGCUGUUUCUCCUGCAGUAUCAUCUCACCAUAAUGAAGACAGCGAGUUCUCUCUGAAUGAUAAUCCACAUCUCACCUGCACUGAGGAGAAUCCCAGGAGCGCAGAAGACGAUAAUGAAGCGCUGGAGCAGGUGGAGGAGCUCAGAAAAAACAUGGAGGAGUGUUUAUCAGUGUCUGAGACUCUGAAGGAGCAAACCAGAGGAGACAUCAGCGAUGGUGAGGAGUUUUAAUUCAGUUGGCAAACAGCGCUAUACUUUUUUUAGCAGCAGAUUUUCAGAUGUUCUUUGUUUACUUUUUUAAAAUCAUUUUCUAUGCCAGUAUUUUUAACAUGAUGUGUGCAGUAUUUAAUACUUCCCAUGGUGUUUCUACUUGUCGUUUGAGCAUUUAUUGAUUAUGUCAUUUUCAACACGGGCUCAUUGUGAAUACGCACCCCAGUCUACAUUUCUGGAGAGUGCGAAUUAUGCAGUCCGAGGUUUGUUUGGCUUUAUUUUAGUUUACUUUAGUUUUCACGGUGGCUUGCUGUGUAUGGCGGCGGAAUCGCGGUGCAGAGCAGAGCAUGUGUGAUGACAAGGGUUCGAGUCCAGCGAAAAAUAUUCCAGAAAGCAGGUAAAACUAAGCGAGAAUGUGGUAAAAAAAAAUAAAACAUCCGGUAAAAUUGUGCAGGUUUCCUUUUUUUCUAGAUCAACUUUUGAAAAUGCUAUCGGUGGGUUUAGGGAAGGGGGGAGGUUGGGUUAGUCAGUCAGUCAGUCAGUCGACUGCAAGCCGGUUGGCUGAAGAGAAUGUGUGUGUGUGUGUUGUUGCGCCCUCUGGUGGAUUAACGUGAGAAGAGCACGCGUGGGAGACAUUUGAGAUCGGCAAAAAGUGCACACAGUGGCCUCUGGCGAAUUCGCCAAUACAAAAACUGCGAGGAAACGUACCUCGGAGUACAUUUUUGGUGCUCUCCAGAAAUGUAGACUGGGGUACAUAUUCACAAUGACAUAGAAACUUCACUGUAAAUAUGUAAUGAGAAAAAGACAAGAGAACUAAUAUUUUAUGUUGCUUUAACUUAUUUUAACAAGGUAAUCAGGGUUCAACUAGACUUUUUAAGAUACACAAAGUUUAACUUAAUAUUUUUAGUCAGUUUGAUUGAUGUAAGUUCAGAAAAGUUUAUUUAAUUCAGCUAAAAAGUAAAUUUAAUGCAGCAAGAAUGUUUUUAGUGUUGUCACAAUCCUGAUUUAGUUUCUUUCUUCACUGUAGCAAAAGCUGUUUGCCUGAUGUUUUCCCAACACAAAUGAUUAAGUUAGCUUAAUUGUUUUUACAAAUUUGAAUGGAUUGAACAUAAAACAAUUAGUUUUCCCCCCCAAAAAUCUCAAGAAUUGUGUUAAAUAUUUUUAACAUGAUGUGUGCAGUAUUUAAUACUUCCCAUGGUGUUUCUACUUGUCGUUUGAGCAUUUAUUGAUUAUGUCAUUUUCAACACGGGCUCAUUGUGAAUACGCACCCCAGUCUACAUUUCUGGAGAGUGCGAAUUAUGCAGUCCGAGGUUUGUUUGGCUUUGUUUCGUUUGUAUAAAACGAAUACUACAGGGCUGUAUGACACCAGCACCGAUGGCUUCUGUUCCUUUUCACGCUACCGGCUGACCGCUCACCUCCGUGUGGACGGCUUUUUUUCCUAUUACGGAAAUAAAUUACUUUAUUUCCUGCUGUGUACGACGGCGGACUCGGGGUGCAGAGCAGAGCAUGUGUGAUGACAAGGGUUAUUCGAGUCCAGCGAAUGACGUUCCGGGAAGCAGGUAAAACUAAAUGAAAUAAAUAAACAACAGGGCGAGAAUGUGGUAGAAAAAAAUAAAACAUCUGGUAAAAUUGUGCAGGUUUCCUAUUUUUCUAGAUCAACUUUUAAAAAUGCUAUCGGUGGGUUUAGGAAAGGGGGUAGGUUGGGUUAGUUAGUUAGUCAGUCAGUCGACUGCAAGCCGGUUGGCUGAAGAGAAUGUGUGUGUGUGUUGUUGCGCCCUCUGGUGGAUUUACGUGAGAAGAGCACUUGUGGGAGACAUUUGAGAUCGGCAAAAAGUGCACACAGUGGCCUCUGGCGGAUUCGCCAAUACAAAAACUGUGAGGAAACGUACCUCUGAGUACAUUUUUCGUGCUCUCCAGAAAUGUAGACUGGGGUACGUAUUCGCAAUGAGCCUGUGUUGUUUUUUACAGUGUUUUUUGGGUGAGAUUUUGGGUGAACUAUCCCUAAAAUAACCAACCCAGGCUCAUUGCGAAUACAUACUCCAGUCUACAUUUCUGGAGAGUGCGAAUUAUGCAGUCCAAGGUAUGUUUGGCUUUAUUUUGUCUGUAAAAAACGAAUACUACAGGGCUGUAUGACACCAGCACUGACAGCUUCUGUUACUUUUCACGCUACUGGCUGACCGCUUACCUCCGUGUGGAUGGCUUUUUUCCACCGUUAAAACUAGUUUUCCUAGUGGCUCGCUGUGUACGGCGGCGGACUCGGGGUGCAGAACAGAGCAUGUGUGAUGACAAGGGUUAUUUGAGUCCAGCGAAUAACAUUCCGGGAAGCAGGUAAAACUAAAUGAAAUAAAUAAACAACAGGGCGAGAAUGUGGUAGAAAAAAAUAAAACAUCCGGUAAAAUUGUGCAGGUUUCCUAUUUUUCUAGAUCAACUUUUAAAAAUGCUAUCGGUGGGUUUAGGAAAGGGGGUAGGUUGGGUUAGUCAGUCAGUCAGUCAGUCAGUCGACUGCAAGCCGGUUGGCUGAACACAAAGCGUGUGUGUGUAUUGUUGCGCCCUCUGGUGAAUUUACGUGAAAAGAGCACGCGUAGGAGAUAUUUGAGAUCGGCAAAAAGUGCCAAUACAAAAACUGCGAGGAAACGUACCCUGGAGUACAUUUUGGUGCUCUCCAGAAAUGUAGACAGGGGUACAUAUUCGCAAUGACAUAGAAAAUUUUGUCAUUUCUCACACUUCACUGUAAUAAUGUAAUGAGAAAAAGACAAGAGAACUAAUAUUUUAUGUUGCUUUAACUUAUUUUAACAAGGUAAUCAGGGUUCAACUAGACUUUUUAAGAUACACAAAGUUUAACUUAAUAUUUUUAGUCAGUUUGAUUGAUGUAAGUUCAGAAAAGUUUAUUUAAUUCAGUUAAAAAGUAAAUUUAAUGCAGCAGGAAUGUUUUUACAGUGUUGUCACAAUCCUGAUUUAGUUUCUUCACUGUAGCAAAAGCUGUUUGCCUGAUGUUUUCCCAACACAAAUGAUUUAGUUAGCUUAAUUGUUUUUACAAAUUUGAGUGGAUUGAACAUAAAACAAUUAAGUUGAAUUGUGUUGUUUAAUAUUUUUACCCGGUUGUGUGCAGUAUUUAAUACUUUCCAUGAUGUUUCUACUUGUCAUUUGAGCAUUUAUUGAUUAUGUAAUGUUCAACACUGGCUCAUUGUGAAUACGUACCCCAGUCUACAUUUCUGGAGAACGUGAGUUAUGCACUCUGAGGUAUGUUUGCCUUCAUUUCAUCUGUAAAAACGAACGCUACGGCGCUGUAUGACACCGGCGCAGAUAGCUUCUUUUCCUUUUCGCCCUACCGGCUGACUGCUCUCCUCCGUGUGGACGGCUUUUCCGCUGAUACCAGUUUGCCCAGUGGCUUGCCACGGACGCUGGUGGACUUUGGACAUGGAGCGGACUGUGUGUGACGACAAGGGGUUCGAGUUAGGCAAAUAACGUUCCGGAAAGCAGGCAAAACAAAAGUAAAUAAAUAAACAACAGGGCAAAAACGUAGUAAAAAAAAAUAAAACAUCCAAAAACAUGGUAAAAUCGAGCUGAUCGAGUUGAAAAUGCUAUCGGUUGGGUUUAGGGAAGGGGGUAGGUUGGGUCAGUCGGUCGGCCAGUCAGAGAGUCACUGGACAGCAAGCCGGUCAGCUGAAGAGUUGUGUGUGUGUGUUGUUGCACCCUCUGGUGGAUUUACUCGAGAAGAGCAAUGUAGACUGGCAUACGUAUUCGCAAUGAGCCUGGGUUGGUAGUUUUAGGGAUAGUUCACCCAAAAUCUCACCCAAAAAACACUGUAAAAAUGAUGUUUUCCCAACACAAAUUAUUAAUUAGCUUAAUUGUUUUUAUAAAUUUAAGUGGAUUUAACAUAAAACAAUUAGGUUGUCCCCCGAAAAAUCUCAAGAAAUGUGUCGUUAAAUUUUUAAAAUAAUCAUAAUCAAUAAUUUUUGGGUGCUCUGUUGAACACAAAAGAAGAUAUUUUGAAAAAUGCUGAAAGCUGUAACCAUUGACUUCUAUAGUAUUUGUUUUUCCUACAAUAUUUCUAGCUUUUUUCAAAAUAUAUAUAUUUUUUCAAUUUUUAACAGAGAAAGGUGAGUAAAUAGAGUAAUUUUCAAUUUGCGGUGAACUAUCCCUUUAAGACUCAAGAGCCAUAUUACUGAAAAUACAACACUUUUGUUUGUGACUUAGUUUUACUUUGGUAACUGUAGUGUUUUAGUUUGUGAAUGAGAUAACAUACAGUUGCAGUAUUCAAAUCUGGUGUUUUAGUAGAUACAGUUUACUUUAAUUAAACUGGAAGAUGUUUAGGCUUUAUCAUUACACAUGAUAUAUUUAUUGAUCCAUAAUAUUAUUUAUAAUAAAGACAGUAUUGAAGAAAAACUACAUUUCCGAUUUAAAAACAAAGGGUUAAAUCUUCUCUUUCCUAUUGGACAUUUGAAAAUAUAACCAUUAAAUGAAUAUAUAAUUCAGAUAAUGGAUUAGACUAAAUGAGAAGCGAGCCUAAGAGUAAUCCAAUUUAAUUAUUUUCUUUUAGUUUGCGAUUAAAAAGUGUAGUAUUGAUAUAGAUCGAUUUAGUAAAUACAUUAAAGCUGUCUUUAAAUAUGGUUUAAACAUUUCAAAUCUUGUUACACUGAAAGAUACAAUAUAAUUACUAUAAUUUACUGUUAGAUAUGACUGGUUUAAUCGAGUGUUUUGCAUUAUUUAACUACUGAGGAAUGAGAAACCUUUUUACUGUGAUUUUUUUUAUAUUCUCAAAU